AAAAUUCAAAAUUCAAAAUUCAAAAUUUCUGAAUAUGAAGCGUCUGUUUAAUCUCAAAAACCAUACGGCUCUACAGCAAUUUUCUUCGAACCCUGAACAAAUAACGGCUAAUGAAAUACCUAAGGGGCUUGUAGCUAAUCUUAUAAAGUUUUGGGAGAGAAGAAGUACAAAUUCCCCUCCUCAAUUAGCUAUAAGCCCCGGUAUAGCAAAAUAUUUUAAUGACGAUACUGAGGAACCGUCAUCUCCGGUUCAAGGUUCAUUAAUGUCCAUUGAAGAAGUUGACUCAACAAAUGCACUCGAUACCCAUUUAUGUCAAAACGAAAUUUCAUAUACUGAUAUGAGUGAGCCGGACUAGCGAGUAUGAAUAUGAUCAAUGUUAACAGAGAAUUCCGGAUUAAAGGUUAGAUUAGAUAGAAUCUAUUUUUAUUUCUGUUAGAGUGGCUUCAAUGCAUAUCCGGACUACUUUAAAUUGAUGAAGAAAUUGCAUAUGGUACUAAAGAUGCAUGCAGAUAAAACGACAUGCAAAAUAUAAUUGACACAGAAUGACGAUUAAAUACAACCCUUUGGAUAUAAAGUUUUGGCUACAACAUUCAAUAAGUUAAAAUAUAUAUACAUUCACCAUAAA